AUGGCAGUGGAAUAUACAUCGGACGAACAAAUAGCGUUCUUACAAAUUGUUGCCAAGUAUCCCAUAAUCGAAGAGAAAAGAACAGAUGCCAAUGCAAUCGAAAAAAAGGAAGCUUGGGCGAAUAUUUCAAUUGAAUUUAACGCCAAAAGUAAUGUGAAGAGGACAAUAACUGAGUUAAAAAGACAUUGGGAAAGGGUUAAAAGAGACAGGAAAAUCGUCUUGGCGAAUGAAUGGAGGGAAUUAUUGGCUACAGGAGAUGGAGAAGCGGUACCGGUACCUCCAAUGGAAGUAGAAAUAGAGGAUCAUUUUGAGAUCGAUAAUAUAUAUGAUUCCGACGGAAUAUUUAUGAAUCAAAAUUUAGGAGAAGUUGCAGAAGUUGCAGAAACAAUUAGCCCGGAUUCUAAAAACAAAGGGACAGAUGCAGCAAGUGGGAGCAGUGGGAUUAGCUCUAAAAGGGCAAAGAAACGACAACUUGGCCCACUGGAAGCCAUUACAAAGGCCCGAUUGGAGUUAAUCGAAAGAGAAAAAGAGCAGAUUGUUGAACUACACAGUCUUAGGAUGGAAGAGGCUCAGUAUCGAAGAGAUGCCGCAAAAUUAUUGUUGCAACAAGAACAAGAAAAAUUAAGAAAAUUAAGAAAUUUAAGAAAAUAAGUAAUGAAGAUGUAGAUAAUUUAUUAAUAGUUG